GAGGAAAAUAAAGAGAAACAAACAAAGAAGAGAAAAAAAUCAGGUUCUAAGCGUGGUAACCCAGUUUCUGAGAAAGAGAUUCCUAGUAAGCCAGUGGAGGAUAAGGUGUCAACUGUUGAAGUGUCUACAGCUGAAGAGGAGGAGAUGCAGUGUGAAAUAUUAACAGAGGCUAUAAUGGAGAGUCUAGAUGAAGCAGCAAAGAAAUUAGGCAGAGUUAGAAAAUUAAAUGUGGCAGUGGUAAAGAAAAUGCAUAGCAUAUGGAGGUACACACUUGAGGAAGGAAGGCAGAGUCAUCCACCAAGUGUCAUAUCAGCUGCCUUUAGUAAGCUUGUGGAGAGGCAUCACAUGAAUGGCAAAGUUGACCCAAAGCCCAAGAACAAGUGCAAGAAGGCUGAUGAAGGAUCAUUGAGAACUCCUACAUCAAGGGAUUACUUGCAAGCAAAGCAUACUUCCGAUAUAAGACUGCCACAGACAAGUGCUAUAGAAUCAAAAGAACACUCGGUUCUGGAUGUUACAUUAAACACUGAAAAAACUAUCAUUAGUCCAAGGGCUUUACUAAAGCAGUAUGAAAAUAAGUUGGAUCUUACAAAUUCAGAUAAACUGAAAGACAGUAUGCAUAUUAGUGGAACAGGAGAAAUUUCUCUUGAACAAGAAAAUAUAAAUAAAGAUAGAAUGGAGUGUAGUGGUUUUGCUCAAGCAAAGGAACAUAAAGAUGUCUCUGCAAAUUUAGAGACAAUAACUGACAUUACAUCACAAUGCCAUGCUAAGGGAAGAGGUAUAAGAACACCAAAAUUUCACAGAGCUAUGAGUGCCAGUUGUCCUAAGACUGUAGUAGUUAAUCCUAUAAACUUCUUACAGCGAUAUGAAGAACAGUCAAAGGAACAGCCAAGGAAAGAUCAUUGUGUGAAUACAGGUUAUGAAUCCCCAUCCUCUUCAGUAGACUACUUCAUGCAAGUAUUGUCAAAGAAUGGACAAAGACAAAAGUCUUUAGAUUCUAAUGUUCGUAUGAGCAGGACAGAUGAAUACUGGAGAAGUAAAAAUAGUAAUAAUUGUUAUUUUCUGGACACAAGACAAGAUGAGUUAGGGGAUGGCAAGAUUAAUGAAGGAGAGAUUUGUAAGAUCAGAGAAGGGUGUAACGGUAGGAAGUGUAUGACAAAUACUGGAAGCAGAAUAUCUGCUGAACAAGCAAAAUUUGAAUCCGAUAAUUCAGCCAUUGUGGACCGGUUUUGUUAUCCACCAGAUGCCUUAGUUCAAAAAAUGAGAAUUGCACCUAGUCAUUCAAUCUGCAAUUCAUCUGUACCACACUUUUCAUUAAAUUCAUUUUCUCUUUCUCAUCCAGAUGAUUCUCAUUUCAAUGUUAUUUCAAGUGAUAAAUAUGCAUCCAGUUCAGUUCUAAACAAGCCUGUCAUGCAACCAAUGUCACAAAUACAGGAUAUAUAUCAAAGGCAUAUUCCUUCAACUGUAAGUAUGGCCCACAGUAAACUGGAUCAUAGGUUCCUUACUGACCAUCCUCCAGGGGAUCCAACACUCAGAAACAUGACUCAGCCCAAGGAAUCUGUUUUUUCCACAAUGAAUGAUCAUAGACAGGGCAGUGGAAGGCCCCCAUUUAUGCAUACUCAAAGUCAUGCAUGUUGUAAAAAUAGUGAAGGGGCAUGGCCAUUUCAGGGGGAUUACCAGUAUGGGAGUACUUACAAUAGUAGAAGACAAUAUGUUCCAGAGGGAGCCCCUUAUCCAUUAACAGGAUUUAAUUAUGAUUUAAAGUCAAAGUAAGUAUUCAGAUUUUCUUUAUAGUUUUAAACACAAUUUUGUAUUUAACUUGAAAAAGUGUAAGCUUUAUGAUACAUACAGAAGA